GCGUUAUCGACGCGCACAAUCGCCGCAGCUCCGACGUCCUUGGCUGAUGUCACUCAUUUGGCGAGUUGCCCGCGUCGCGUUGGUCGGUACCGUUGUUGGCGGAGGUGAAUAGGAAAACAAACAGAAAUAAGAGUAUUAGCACCUGUAUACCUACUUGGCAGGCCUGCGCUGCUGGGUGCUUUUCUUUUUUCUGACCCUGAGAGAUCCAUAAGAGAGAGACCGAGAGGAUGUCGGAACUCCUCGACCAGUACUACGAGCUCGUGCUCGAACUCGUCAAGGAAGCCGGCGGUCUUAUCAAGGAAAACAUUUCAAGGCAAAAGACAAUAAUGACCAAGUCUUGCGAGGUCGAUCUCGUCACAGAAACAGAUCAGCUGGUCGAGAAGCUCUUUAUGACGAAAAUCUCCGCCAGAUAUCCGGAACACAAGUUCAUCGGUGAAGAGAACACCUCCGAGACGAAUCACAAGGUCGAACUGACGGACGCGCCGACCUGGAUAAUCGACCCCGUGGACGGCACCAUGAACUUUGUCCACACGAUGCCGCACUCGUGCAUCUCGAUAGCCCUCUACGUCGGCAAAAUUCCCGAAAUCGGUAUAGUUUACAAUCCCAUGCUCGAGCAGCUCUUCACGGCGCGCCGCGGCCGCGGUGCUUUCCACAACGGCGCGCCGAUUCGCGUGUCCGGCGAGACAGACUUGAAAAAGGCCCUGGUGAUGAUGGAGUUGGGCACGAGCAGGGACCCGGAAAAGAUGAACGUCGUGAUGGAAAACCUGAAGAUACUGACCCCUCAAGUUCACGGCAUGAGAGCUUUGGGCUCGUGCGCGCUGAACAUGUGCAUGGUGGCCUUGGGUGCGGCGGACGUCAUGCAAGAGGUCGGCAUUCACAUAUGGGACGUCGCGGCUGGAGACCUCAUCGUCAGAGAAGCCGGUGGAGUUUGCGUCGAUCUGGCUGGUGGCGAUUUCGAUCCUCUGAGUAGGAGAGUGCUGUGUGCCUCCUCGGCAGAACUCGCCCAGCAGGUGGCCAAGCUCCUGGUUCAGUAUUACCCCGAAAGAGAUUAGACGUGAUUCAAAAUAAAAAGUAUUUUUGUCAAACUUGCAAAGCAUUCCGCAUGAGAGUAUUCCACGAGAUGGUGCAGGGUCACGUUUUCGAUGGAAACAAUCAACAGACUGUGUGUGCGUGUGGCUCUUAUGGAUAAAUGAAAAAAAAAAACGGAAAUUUUUAAUGUGUCGAUCACAAUUAUUGAAGAAGAAAGAGUAUUUAUUUUUCUGUGUAAAAAAAGAAAUAAAUAUAUAAAUAAAAUUAUUGAAUGGAUCAA